GCGGAUGCAGAUCGACGGCGUAGUUUUAGGGUGUCUAGUCUCACGGACGGUAUUACAGGUACGUCUCCCUCAUGGACUUGAUUCCUUAGACUGUCGGAUCGUUUGUGGUAUUUGUGAAUUGGUGGUAAUGUGCUCGGUGAUUCUCCAAUAUGAGCGUUGUCUAUAAGUGUAGGUGGAGGUUGAUAUUGCAUUUUAGAUGGUGUAUAAGGAGUGUAAGUCUUGUCUUUGAUUUUAAAUAAUUUGUUCAUUGCAUUCUUCCUCCUUGACGGUCAAAGUUAGAGUCCAUAAUGUUCGCCAAGUUUGACAAAACACAAAUUGGCAAUUCAACAGCGAUAAAAUCAUCUGUACAAAGAGCUAUCAGACAAAAGCUACUCGAUCAAUUUGAAGCUUUAAGGGAAAAUGAUGGCGCUUUACUUGAGCAAAUCUGGCCUAAGAAGGAAUCAAUUUCACUCAUAAAAUGUCAUAAUCAACUCCAAUUACUCUCUUUUAAUGGCUUCCCACUCUUUUUCCAAUCUCACGAUGAUCCAUACGUACCAACUUUAAGACUUCUUCAUUUGUACCCCCACUUACUCCCACCAGUAACCGUCGACAGAGGUGCUAUUAGAUUCCUCAUCGCUGGUGCAAACGUCAUGUCACCCGGUCUGACCUCGAAAGGUGGUAAAUUGCCACCAACAGAACAAUCCUACCCUGCAAAUACGGUAGUUGCUAUCUUCGCGGAAGGAAAGGAUCACCCAGUUGCCAUCGGUAUAUGCAAAACAUCAACAGAAGAAAUCAAGAAGGUCAACAAGGGUAUCGGUAUUGAUACUCUUCACUUUAUCGGAGACGGUUUGUAUAAAUUUGAAAGAAUUUGAAUCAUAUAGAUGUGUAUUAUUCCAGCUUUUGUUUAAUUGAUGAGGCAUAAAGAAGUGUGAAGUUCC